ACCACACCGAUCCGAUUUAAAUUGGAUUGGUUUGGUUAUCAUAUAAUAGUGGAUUGGAUUGGUUUAAAAAUUUUACUAACCGAUUAAAUUGGAUUGGAUUAAAAAAUGUUAAAAUCCGAACCAAACCACACCGCGAACACCCCUAUUGAAUUGGAAAUAUUUCGAUCAAUUUGCUUUGAUAAAUGAAAUGCAUCAUCCAUUUUAAAUCACGGUCAUACAACGGAGCAGUGUAAUUGUCUAAGGUCCGAGUUGGAAAGUCUAGCUCAGAAAGGAAUGCUCAAUGAAUACAUCUAGAGAACAGAGCAACCGAAGUUUGUCAAAGAGUAGGGGCCAUAGCUACAGGGAUCUUGUAAUGCAAGAAAUAGGCAAGGAGUGGGAUAUCAACAAGCCCCACCACUGCUUCCGCCACUGGCCAGAAUUAUACACGAGUAUUGAAGGAUUGGAAGCAGGGGGUUUGAGCUCCAAGCAGAGAAAAUUGUAUGUCAUGGAGGUGAAGCGUCAAAACCAAGCCCAGAAACGAAAGUUUGACGACGCUGAUUGGAAGAAUCAACCUAUCACUUGCACACCUACUGACUUUGACAUAGUUGUAACACCCCAUAAUGAUCCUUUGGUCACUUCUUUUAUAAUUAACAACUGUGAGAGGCACGAUGGUCCCAUAUAUGGCUUUAAUAACCAACCUGUUCAGGUAGAAGGAGUCCUUACUCUCAACGUUGUUUUUGGGAGCGGCCGAAUUUAUGUUACCCCUUCAGUUUGGUUUCUAGUUGUCAAAAUGGCAUUCUCUUUCAAUGUUGUUAUUGGACGACCCACAUUAACCGAGAUUCGAGCUAUGGUCUCUCAAUCUCACCUUUGCAUGAAGUUCCUAACCCCUAUGGGGAUAGCAACACUACGAGACAUGCUAGGAAUUCCAACCUUGGUAUCUCAGCACAAGCUCAGCACCAAUCCAUUAAAGAAACCAAUAGCCCAGAAGCGAUGUCUCUUUGGGGGGGAGAGGCUUCAGGUUAUAAAAGAAGAAGUAGAGAAACUCUUGCAAGCUGGUUUCGUCAAAAGAGUUGAUUACUGUGAAUGGGUGGCUAACCCAGUGUUGGUCAAGAAGGCAAAUGCGGCUUUUGGAAAUGAGAGAUUAAGUCUCUUGGAUACAUAUUCUGGUUACCAUCAAGUGCCGAUGGCUCCAGAGGAUGAAGAGAAAACCUCGUUCUAUACAGCUCAGAUCGGUAGGAAUCUGGAAGUUUAUGUCGAUGAUAUCGUGGUGAAGAGCCCGAAGGCAGAGGAUCAUCUAGCUGACCUCGAUGAAACACUCAAUAACCUCAGAAAGAAUAGAAUGCGUGAGCAUGCUUUGAAAUUUAACUUCGAUACAACAAACAACAUGGCUGAGUAUGAAGCUCUGCUACUUAGCUUGCAACUAGCAUUGGAGCUGAAAGUCAUGGCGAUACAAGUAUAUAGUGACUCGCAACUUGUGAUUAAUCAAGUCAACUCACUUUGCGAGGUUGUUGAUUCUGUUAUGAUGAAAUCAGUUUUCGUUGAAGUUUUAGAUGAACAGAGCUUCAUGAAGCCAAGAAUGAUAGAGAUCAGCACAGACCCGAAUACACCGAGUUGGACAGAUCCAAUUGUCUCUUUUCUACGAGACGGGUUAGUGCUUGAAGAUAAGCAAGAAGAGAUGAGGUUGAGGAAGAAAGCGUCUCGAUAUACACUCGUUGAUGGGGUCCUCUAUAAGAGAUUUUUCUCACUCCCUCUCCUACAAUGCUUGAAUCCCUAUAACGCUAAGUACGCACUUCGGGAGGUACAUGAAGGUGUUUGUGGAAGCCACAUUGGUGCUAGAACUCUGGCUCACAAAGUCCAUAGACAAGGAUAUUACUGGCCGAAUAUAUAUGGAAUUCCAAACCAGAUUGUGGCUAAUAAUGGUACUCAGUUUAACUGCUCCUCCUUCCGAGAUUUCUACUCCAGUUACGGGAUCAAACUACAAUUUACCUCGGUUUAUCAUCCGGAGUCCAAUGGUAUGGUAGAAUUUGUUAAUAAAGUGAUACUAGAAGGAAUAAAGUCGAGGUUGGAGCAACACAAGGCUAGGUGGGCAAACGAACUCAACAACGUCCUCUGGGCAUAUAGAACUAUGAGCCAAACUGCCACAGCUCUAAAUUGGGAAGGCCCUUACACAGUGGUCAAAGUGCCACAUCCUAGCCCCUAUAUCUUCCAAGAUGUUGAUGGGAAGAGAAUUCCUAGAGUCUGGAAUAUCAAUAACUUGAAGAAAUUUUACCCUUAAUACACUUCUUUGAAGUGAUAUUAUUCUUCUUUAUAGUUAUUACUUCUUCAUUUCUGAGAUUCAUUUCAUCUCUUAGUCUAUAUCUCCGAGGUCAAUCUGUUUGGAAUUUAUUCUUUCAACUUCAUUUUUAUUAAUGAAUCUCAGUUCACAUU